AUGUCCUUCCAGGGCAAGAAGAGCACCCCCCGGAUCACGAGUGACCGCCUCCUGAUCAGAGGGGGGAAGAUCGUGAAUGAUGACCAGUCCUUUCACGCUGACCUGUAUGUGGAGGAUGGCCUGAUAAAGCAAAUUGGAGAAAACCUCAUUGUCCCUGGGGGCAUCAGAACUAUUGAUGCCCAUGGCCUGCUGGUCCUGCCAGGUGGAGUCGACGUCCACACACGGCUGCUGAUGCCCGUCCUGGGCAUGACCCCCGCCGACGACUUCUGUCAGGGGACCAAGGCCGCCCUGGCGGGGGGCACAACCAUGAUAUUGGAUCACGUGUUCCCCGAGGCGGGGGUGAGCCUGCUGGCGGCCUACGAGCAGUGGCGGGAGCGAGCGGACGGCGGGGCCUGCUGUGACUACUCCCUGCACGUGGACAUCCCCCGCUGGCAUGAGAGCACCAGGGAGGAGCUGGAGGCCCUGGUCAGGGACAAGGGUGUGAACUCCUUCCUGGUCUUCAUGGCGUACAAGGACAAGCACCAGUGCACAGACGGCCAGAUGUAUGAGAUCUUCAGUGUCAUCCGGGACCUGGGGGCCGUGGCCCAAGUGCAUGCGGAGAACGGGGACAUCGUGGACGAGGAGCAGAAGCGGCUGCUGGAACUCGGUAUCACCGGCCCCGAGGGCCACGUGCUCAGCCACCCCGAGGAGGUGGAGGCUGAGGCCGUGUACCGUGCCGUCACCAUCGCCAGGCAGGCCAGCUGCCCCCUGUAUGUCACCAAGGUCAUGAGCAAGGCCGCGGCCGACGUGAUCGCCCGGGCCAAGCAGCGAGGGGUGGUGGUGUUCGGGGAGCCCAUUACCGCCGGCCUGGGCGCGGACGGCUCGCACUGCUGGAGCAAGAACUGGGCCAAGGCUGCCGCCUUCGUCACGUCGCCCCCCAUCAGCCCAGACCCCAGCACCGCGGACCACCUCGCCACCCUGCUGUCCAGCGGGGACCUCCAGGUGACUGGCAGCGCCCACUGCACCUUCACCACCGCCCAGAAGGCCGUCGGCAGGGACAACUUCACUCUCAUCCCCGAGGGCACCAACGGCGUGGAGGAGCGCAUGGCCGUGGUCUGGGAGAAGUGUGUGGCCUCAGGGCAGAUGGACGAGAAUGAGUUCGUUGCGGUGACCAGUACGAACGCGGCCAAAAUCUUCAACUUUUACCCGAGGAAGGGGCGGGUGGCCGUGGGCUCUGACGCCGACCUGGUCAUAUGGAACCCCCGGGCCACGAGAAUCAUCUCUGCCAAGAGCCACAGCCUGAACGUGGAGUACAACAUCUUUGAGGGCUUGGAGUGCCGAGGAGCCCCCAGCAUGGUCAUCAGUCAGGGCCGGGUUGUGCUGGAGGACGGGGCCCUGUGCGUCACCCCCGGGACCGGCCGCUUCAUCCCGCGCAAGACCUUCCCUGACUUCGUCUACAAGAGGAUAAAGGCCCGGAACCGGCUGGCGGAGAUCCACGGCGUGCCCCGAGGCCUCUAUGACGGGCCGGUCCACGAGGUGAUGGCGCCCACCAAGCCGGGGGCCGCGGCCCAGGCCCGCGCGUCCUGCCCUGGGAAGAUCUCUGUGCCCCCCUUCCGCAACCUGCACCAGUCGGGGUUCAGCCUGUCUGGCUCGCAGGCCGACGACCACAUCGCGCGGCGCACGGCCCAGAAGAUCAUGGCGCCCCCUGGCGGCCGCUCCCACAUCACGUCGCUGUCCUAGGUGCUGCCGCGGGCGGCCGGCCCCCUUCUUGUUCCCUUCCUUCCUUGA